AUGUGUAAGAAAAUGUGUAGGAAAAAGGAAAGAAGGAAUGGAAUUUUCGGUGAAUUGUUUGAGGAAAUAAUAAAUAAAGGUCCAAUUUGUUAUAUUAAUUUUAUAAAAUUUUGUAAAAUUAUUAGUAUUAUUAAUGUGAGUACCCAACGAACACAUAAUCAUAUAAUUAAUUUUUACCAUGGAAUCCAGCUGACACAUAAUCACAACAAAUAUCGCAACAGAAAUGAUAAUUAUUUAAAUAAACCCAGUAAAUAUCGCAGUUCAAACUUUGCUAAUAUUAGUAAUUUGAAAAAUGAGUUAAAAAGGCUGUGCUAUAUUUCGACAACCUUGAAGGGAAUAAAUUUGGGCUAUAAAACUGAAAGCGCAAAUUCACCCGAACGCGUUAUGAUAGUAGAUGGGACCGGUUUGGCUUAUAGGUGUUUCUUUGCGCUUCCAGAUUUGAAGACUUCCAAGGGCACAGAUAUCGGCUGUCUGAUGGGCUUUAUGAACUCUCUAGCUCGACUGCAUCGAAUGUUUGACCCCAAGUAUAUCGGAGUUGUGUUUGAUUCCCCAGGCGCAAAUGAUGAAAAACGUGACAUUUGGCCUGAGUACAAACUCAACAGGCAAGUCGUUUCAUACUCUUUUAGAAAUCAGCUUGGCUGGAUCCGCGAGUUUUGUGCCAUUUUAGGCCUACCAGUUUUCAUUGAGCCCUCCACUGAAGCCGACGAUAUUAUAACUUCAAUGAUCACCUUCUUUAGAGAAUCGUCAAAAAAACUAGAUCAGCCCAAUGAAACCCCAAAUGACUCGAACAAAACUCGAAAUACUUUAGACCAAACCAUAAAUAAGUUGGCUGAAAGUGAUAUUAAAUACCCGAAUGAAGUGAUACAAAAGAGCGUUAGGGGGAUCUUUGAUAAGUAUUCCCAGGAAUUAAAUGGCAAUUCAGUUCAAGCUCUUCCAUACAGAGAGUACCCAGUUACUAGUGAAAAUGAUAUAAUGAGUAACGGUGUUUACAGAGGAUAUGAUAUUACUGUGGUGACUGCCGACAAAGAUUUGUUGCAGAUUUUGUCACAAAACGAUGUGAAUAAAAUUAACGUUAAAAUCGUUCAACCACAUAAAUCUUACAGAAUUGUUAACCAACACACUGUUAAACAAGAAUAUGGAAUUGAGCCUGAACGGUUCAGUGAAUAUUUAGCGCUUGUUGGUGACACUGCAGAUAAUAUUCCUGGAAUCAUGGGAAUUGGACCUAAAACAGCCCCAAAAUUAAUACAAAAAUACCAAUCAUUCGAUGACAUUUUGAGGAGUGAAGAGAUUAGUAAGUUGAGCAGUAAGGGCGGAAAGUAUAGGGAGAGUGUGAGGAUGGCCCAUGAGUUUCAUAGCAUCGUGAAGUUGAAGAGGAACCUCAGGGUUCUAAAGUCGAUGGACCAACUAGUUAAAUCAAACGCACUGACAUGCCAACUCUCAAAAUUCCUUAAAAUGUUCUCUCUACAAAAAGCCUCCUCCAAAUGGUCGAUGUUCACCAAACCUUAA